UAUGCGAGGCGGUUUUGCGACAGCAUUUUUGACAGUGUUUUCUUUAAUCGGAAAGUGCAAGAAAUUUAAUGCUUUCGGCUACUGUUCACUUCGAGCUGCGAAACAACGAUGCUGUUCCAUCUGUAGAGCCUGUCCUUCUGGAGGUGGCCUCGAAGCCAGGCUGGCAGCAUGGAGUACGAGAGACGCGGUGGUCGGGGCGACCGCAUGGGUCGUUACGGAAAUGAUCUGGAUGGGCAUGACUACAGAGACAUGGACUAUAGAGGAUAUGGACGUGAAGAAGGGGAGCCUGGAGGUGGCUUUGAGGACAGAGGGAUGGAUGAAAGGCUGUACAGACGAGAAGACAGAACUGGAGCAGGAGGGGGCAGAGAGUACAAUGCCGGAGCUUUCCCUGACAGCCAGAUGAGGUUCCGCCAAAGAGGGGUCAGGGGAGAAGAUGGUAGGCCUGGAAAGGACUUUCCGCGUGGGCCCCAUGCCCACUCCCAUCCUCAGCAGCCCCAUCCUAGAUUCCGUAGAGAGGAGCAUGCCUAUGAAUUUGAAAGAGACUACUUUGAUAGGGAUCCUGAGGACCACCGGGGAGAAUUCAGACCAUUCAGGGCAGGACAGGAGGGUGGUUGUACUGGUGUUUAUCCAGAAACACAUGAGGACAAUCUGGCAGACCUAGAAGAUGAGGGGAGCUGGAGAAAUGCCCCAUCUGGCCAGGAGGACUUUGGAGGCAUGAGGAGGGAUGAGGACCAGUACAACAAGGGUCCAGACAAGAGACAGGAUUAUUGUGAUUUGCGACAGCUGCGUGGUGGUGCUGAGAGUGGAGAAGGAGGGUACCGUGCUUGCCCAGAGCCAUCUAAUGAGGAUCUGACUGCAGGCUUCCCCAGUGACCCGGAAUUGCGUGACAAGGACUACCGGGCUGAUACGGACCAGAGCCAGAGGCCCAGCAACAUCAUCAUGCUCAGGAUGCUUCCGCCCAAUGCAACAGUCAAUGAAAUCCGCUCACAGCUCCAAGAGCAGGGGAUCCAGCCCCGAGAGGUACGCCUCAUGAGGAACAAGUCUUCAGGUCAGAGCCGAGGAUUCGCCUUCGUCGAGUUUAGUCACUUGCAGGAGGCCACCCGCUGGAUGGAGACCAACCAGGGGAUCCUAACUGUUCUGGGACAACGAGUGUCCAUGCAUUACAGUGACCCUAAGCCUCGUGCCAAUGAAGACUGGCUCUGCAACAAGUGUGGGGUACAAAACUUCAAAAGAAGAGAGAAAUGCUUCAAGUGUGGCAUUCCUAAAUCAGAAGCUGAACUCAAACUGCCGCUGGUACAGAAAGAAGUAUCACUGAGCCACCUAAAGGAAUCUGUGCAGGGUUUAUUGCCUUUACCUACCAUCUACACCACAGCCACUCCCCCAGUCCUUCCCUUGGCAGUGGCUCCCCAAACUGGGGAGGUGGCCAAUGAUACCUUGAUCUUAAGAAACCUGGGGCCCCACACAUCCAUGGAUGCCAUCCUAGCUGCCCUGGUGCCAUUUGCCACCUUGUCCCCAUCCAAUGUUCGCCUCAUCAAGGACAAGCAGACACAGCUGAACAGGGGCUUUGCAUUCCUGCAGCUCAGCACCAUUGUGGAAGCUUCCCAGUUGCUCCAGAUCCUUCAGGCUCUACAGCCACCGCUCACCAUUGAUGGAAAGGUCAUUGCUGUGGAGUACGCUAAAGGCUCCAAACGUGAUGUGUUUCUAACGGACAACAACCGGGUCAGCGCUGCCACAGCUGCCAGUACUGCCAUUGCAGCCGCACAGUGGGCUGUCACGCAGACAGCGCAGAGUAACUCUGCUGCAUCACAAGUCAGCGAGUACAGCCUGUACCAGCAGGGGGCAGCAGCGGGCAUGUACAGCCAGGAGAGGCAUGAUUUUUUAAGUACUGAAGGACAAGGCUUUGAAGGGCGGGUGGGAAGAGCCCCUCCCACCUCUGGACCUGGACUCAUCGGGGGCUAUGGGGGUUCUGCAGCAGCACCAGUGGGUUCCUCUGUGCCAGAAGCACCUGGAGUGGACCCAUCUCCUGCGCCCCUAACUGAUGCACAGGCAACGCCCACCACCUCCGUGGCUGUUGCUGCCACCCAGUCUGCACAGCCUGUGCUAUAUGCCCAGGCUCCAGCUGCGCCAAAGGCAGAGAUCACUGGGAAGCCCCAGCCAGCUGCCCCCACUGAGCCAGCCACCCCAGGCACACCGUUUGAGUAUCAACAGUAUCCUGUACCAGAUGUAUCUACAUACCAGUAUGAUGAAAGUUCUGGGUAUUACUAUGAUCCCUUGACGGGUCUCUACUAUGAUGCCAACUCACAGUACUAUUACAACUCCCACACACAGCAAUACAUGUAUUGGGAUGGGGAGAGGCACACUUAUGUUCCCGCACCUUCCCAAACUUCCACUGAUGCUUCUGGAACUUCUGCUGGCACCACAUCUUCUACUGCCACUGCUCCCCUGACCAGCACUAAGGACAAGAAGGAGAAACCCAAAACUAAAACUGCUCAACAGAUAGCAAAGGACAUGGAGAGGUGGGCCAAGAGCUUGAACAGACAAAAAGAGAAUGUUCGCUCAUCCUCGGCAGCAUCUCCUCCUGGUCAAACUCGGCCAUUUGGCCAUGGGCGCCCUGAUGACAGAAGAGAGUCUGCCAGUGCCGAUGCUGGUUAUGCAAUUCUGGAAAAGAAGGGUGCACUAUCUGAACGACCACAGACUUUGAUGGACCAGCUGAAACGCAUUGAGGAGAGAGUGAAGAGAAGCCCACCCCAAGGCCUGGUGGCAGCUUACAGUGGGGAGAGUGACAGUGAGGAGGAGCCAGGUGGCGACAAGGCUGCGGACAGAGAAGAGAAGUUAACAGAUUGGUCCAAACUGGCCUGCCUGCUUUGUAGGAGGCAGUUUCCAAGUAAGGAGGCCCUCCUGAGACACCAGCAGCUGUCAGAGCUGCACAAGCAAAACCUGGCGCAGAGGAGGUCCCGUCAGUCAGAGCUAGAGGGGCAUGACAGAGCAGAUGGGGAGCUGCGGUACAGAGACAGAUCAGCAGAAAGGACGGAGAAGAUUGGUGUUCAAGAGCAGCCUGAUACCAAGAAGAGGAAGUACAGUCCAAUAGAUGAGAUGUCAGGGAACAGCCUGGGAGCUCGGAUGCUGCAGGGUGGCGUUAAGAAGGGUCUGCUUGUACGUAAUGUUCAAGUGGAGUGAAGCAGUUCACAGUACUGCUGUUACUUCAUUGCAACUAACAAGACUCAAGCCUAGCACACAUCCUUUUUACAAAUGUUUUUCCUUAAAUUCUGCAUUGUGUAGUAUUGUGGCACCACUCUAUGAGUGAUAAUGGUGAACAGUGUAGAUUUAUGUUAGAAAUUGUACAGAAUGAAUAUGUUUCAUGUGCAACUUUCUUUGAAUCAGCACUCUUCUGGCUGCUUUAACCUGAGGAAGACUUAACACCAUAGUACCCAGUGUCUUGUGUUUUGGUCAUCACAAGACACUUUUACUGGAGACUUGCAACUUAUGGGGCUAUGCACUACAUCUGUUGCAUUAGACAUACUUUGCCAAGGAAUAUGCAAAGAAGUGUUUUCAAUACAGUUGUUUUUAAGGAGCACAUGUGGCUCCAACUUUUUUUAAUUUAGCAUAUGGAUGCUUGAUGGCAGUGGUCUUCAGAUAGCUUGACGGAGUUCUUCAUGGGAAAUUUUGUGAAUGAAUUAAUCGAUGUCAAAUUUGGGGACCCUCUUUUCUAUUAUUGACGUUUUUUUUCAUGUUGGAAGGAGUUGCAUAUGGGGCCCUGCCUUUGUCUGGAUUUUUAUUUUUCUGUUUAUACACAUGGCUGGAAACUCAUUACUCAAUAAAUAUUUCAUUCAAUGCAAAGUUACAAAGCAUGUUUAUGUAUUAGUCAAGUGUUUUUGCCUUAAUGUUUGGUCCCACCUUUUAUGUUGGAUUACAGAAUUUCAAAAACCAGUGUGUCU